UCCGCAAUACUUUGCAGUUGAUACAACCACACAGCCUAGAAGACUCUGUCCAAGUCUGCUGGCAGGAGAUAGUGCUAUAGUGGUUCCCUGGUCGCGACGGCUACAAGUGGAACUUCAAAGGCCCCACGCUCGCCAACAACAAUAUGCCCGUAAUCACAGUCGUCCAAGUCAAAGCAUUAUGUCAGGAUCCCAGUGCUUCAAACGACUGGGCGGAGCGCCGCAUCUUGUCGAUUGAAUGCAAACGUCCAUCCAUGGAUACUCCGGCCGACUGGGACAACACUGUCAUGGGUUUGUACGCUUCUGACAGACUAUUUGGUGCGCUCGCAAUUGGCAAGAAGGUGAGAUUCUAUCGAUUCAAUGGAGAGUUACCAGACGGUGAAAAGUUAGUGCCGCUUCAUCAAGGCACGAUCGACAUCGAUGACCCAACUGGUAUUACUCAAGUCGAGAAAAUACUGGACUACAUCAAGGCGAAUGGAUGAAAUUGGGCUACCUGAUGUUUGGGAUAUCAGUCAGGUCAAGCCUUCAUGGUUUGGGGAUAUCAGCCCCAGAGCAUGAUACAUGACCACCUGGCGUGCUGGAUGAGGUCAGUUUUGGGGAUCUUGCAAGUAAACCCCCAUAUUGAGCCGGACUGUCAACUGUGC